UGUGAGGGGAGACGGGUAGAAGACGGUGUAUAGACAGAACCCGGCUCUCUGAGAUUAGAAUGGAUCGGGUGAAAAAGCGCAGACCUGUCGGUUUAACGGGGAAGGUUUCCGCUCCGAGCUCGCGGGAGAGCCGCACUAUGACCCCCUUUAGGACAAACAAUUUGACGUCAUAUUCUCUGAAAUCUUGUCAAAGUAACUGUCGGAGCACUAAGGGAAGUGUUAAGAUGCCCCAUAAGAGACGCUUGGAGGCCAAAAAGUUCUACAGUAAGGGCAUGGUGACCCCCAGCACUAAGGACCCCAGUCAGGACAGCACAAGUAUAGUUAUGCCGUCUGGUGUUUCCAGCUUUUUGUUGGACUGCAUGGAUUUGGACUCAGAGGACACACUUCCUUCCAUCGAGACAUUUCGCAAAGCUGAUACAUACGAUGAGGGGACAGGUUUGGUCAGUGAAGAUGAAAUCCUGCACGUGAAGAACUCCACUCUACUUGACCUCAGUCAUGCCGUGGACAUAGCCAUGCAGCAACCGCCAAACCUCUCAUCCAUUCUAGAGCUUUCACCUGUAACUGAUUUUCAAGCAGCAAAGGAGACAUUUUGCCUGUCACCCCCUCUACCUGUGUCUCCUCUCAGCUCCUCCCUUUUGGUCAAACAGAAGAAUACAUCAAUGUCAAUGAGUACAGCAGGAAUUGACAUUGAAACAAGUGGCGAUGAUGAAAAGACUCCUAAAACCAGGAGAGUUAUACUGCCCUCUCCUGUUGUUAAGAAAAAGCCAUUUACAGGACGAGACAAGCCCAUUAAGUGCAGGAAGGUGACGUUUAAUGACAUUGUGAGUACACGAGACAUAACCACGCUUAACCCUGAAGUGGAAUCUCCGGUGGUCCUCCUGAAGCCUUCCUUAGAGCCAGCUAAAUUUUUUGAUUUUGCUGAUGAACGUGAGAGGGCAGCAUUUUUCCAAAGACUGAAAAAAACGCACACCUUCCACUUCCCUGCCAAACCGAUCAUUUUUCACUGACUUGGCUCUUAAUAAAGAUGACAUAUUAAGGUAGCAGCAGAGGGUGAUGUAUUCCGGUGUCUUUGUCCUACCUGUACAUUCACCUUGAUUCAGACAUAUACUUAUUGUUUAUAAAAAUAUUAAUUAUUAAUAAAAUGUUAAGAUUAGAAAUGUUUCUCAACAAAAACUAUGCAUUUAAGUAGCUGGUAACUGAGUAAUCCUUUUCUGUUUAAUGUGUUUGGACAUGUUUGGUCUGUGACUGUACAUCUAACCUAAUCAGCUGUUAUUUGUUUUUUCCUUUGUGAACUCUGGCACAGCUGUAAGUCAGGUUUUAUUUAAAAGAGAGAAUUUCCUAAAUUAGAGACUUUAAUGUAUAAUAGAAGAAAAGAAAUAAAGCUGUUGUAAAGUCUCA